AUGAUCCCAUCGCAAUCAUCAACGCCAAUAUAUAUUAACGUACAAGUUAACAACAAAUGUCAACACGCUAUUAUUGACACUGGAAGUGCAGUCACCAUCAUUAAUCAACAAUUAUUAAAAAAGAUUUAUCACAAGAAAUUUAUUUAUAAACAAAAAUUACACAAAUCAGCAAAUUGUACAUCUAUUAAUAUCAUUGGUGAAAUUGAACUUGAAAUUAAAAUACAAGGACAUAAAACGUUAAUCUUAGCAGAUGUUGCAACAAAUCUUAUAACAGACUUAUUAAUUGGAAAUGACUGGAUUUCAAACAGCAAUGUUAUUAUUGAUUCACCACAACGACCUAUUUUUCUUAUCGAUCGAUACCAUCGAAUAGUAGCAACAGCACCAUUCAUUACACCACCUGAUUUUCAAUCACCUGUACUAUUAGUCAAUGAAAUUACUUUACCACCAUAUUCAGAAAAAUGUAUUGAUGUAAAAAUUCCAUCAUCUAUGAAUAAUAUUGCUGAAGCUCUAUUUGAACCAACUCCAAACUUUCAUUCAAAACAAAUGUUAUUAACUAAUGCACUACUCAAGGUGGUAAAUAAUAAAAGUCGACUUACGAUUAUUAAUGCAAAUGAUCGUCAACGGACAUUAUCAAAGAAUACUAAAUUGGGAUAUGUCUCACAUCAACCUCCAGUAAACAAGCAUCUUACCUUGCCUGUACUAUCAACAAAAGGAGUUUAUGGUCAAACACAUCCAAAACCAUUUAUUCAUAAGAGGAACGAUAGGAUAGCGGGUCGUUCCUGUGCUCUGCCAACACGAAACACGAGGAAGGUCCAAUUUAUGGACUCUACCUGUCGAACAGAGCAUUAUGAUGAACAACAUCAAUGUUAUGUUUGUCAAGAACAAUUUUUAACCCGGAAUGAUUUACAACAACAUUUACGUCACGAAUGUUAUCCACAAAAUAUACGAGACCAAAUUGAACAAUUAACAUCACAUAUUAAGGACUUGAAUCACAAACAACAAUUACAACAAAUUCUAUGGAAGCAUGGAAAAUUAUUUGAUCUUCAUCAACCAUCUAUCAUUAAAGCAACAGCUCAAAAUGCCAUUGAAACAGGCAAUCAUCCACCAAUUUAUACACCACCAUACCGUGUAUCAUAUAAAGAUGAACAAAUACAACGUGACGAAAUAAAUAAGUUAUUAAAACAAGGAAUAAUUGAAGAAUCUACAUCUCCAUGGUCAUCGCCUAUAGUAUUAGUCCGCAAGAAAGAUGGAACAGUUAGAUUUUGUGUAGAUUUUCGAAAACUAAACAACGUUACCACAAAAGAUGCAUUUCCGAUACCUCGAAUUGAUGAUAUUUUUGAUCACUUAUCUCAAGCUGAAUAUUAUACUACAAUUGAUUUUAAAUCGGGUUACUUUCAAGUUGGACUCGAUCUGAAAGAUCGUCCGAAAACAGCAUUUUCAACUCGAGAUCAACAUUAUCAAUUCACGGUAUUACCUCAAGGUGUUACUAAUGGUCCACCAGCAUUUCAACGCAUCGUUAGCCAGAUACUUGGACCUACGAGAUGGCAACAUUUAUUAGCUUAUCUUGAUGAUGUUAUUAUAUAUUCACCAACUUUCGACCAACAUUUAAUUCAUCUCGAUGAUAUUCUUAAUCGAUUAAAUGAUGCAAAUUUUCGUCUCAAUGUUAACAAAUGUCAUAUAGCUAAGACGUCAAUCGAUUAUCUUGGUCAUCGUAUUGAACAUGGCAACAUUAGACCAAAUGCAGAAAAUAUUCGUGCAUUAUUAGAAACUGUACAACCCAUAACAGCAAAAGAAAUUUUUCGAUUUGUCAAAGCAGCAGAAUAUUAUCGUAAAUUCAUUCCAAGAUUUUCUAUUAUUGCUCAAUCAUUACAUAAAUAUGCACCGACUACAAAAGAACAACGAUCACAAAAAUCGCAAUCUACACCUAUUACUCUAUCCGAUGAAGAACUUAAUGCAUUUAAUGAAUUGAAACGAAUAUUAACAAAUGACCUGGUACUACGUAUUCCAGAUGAAAACCUGCCAUUUAAGAUUCAAACUGAUGCAUCAAAAAUCGGGAUAGGAGCUGUUCUUAUGCAGAUUCAUCCAAAUGGAGACUUACCAAUUGCAUAG